AUCGUGAUCGGAAUAUUAUUGGUCUAAUUAUUUUGAUUACCGCUCACUAGAAAACAUUAUCGUAGUGAUAGUAAUAAUAUUAUAUAAUAAUAAUAAUAAUAUAAGUAAAUAAAUAAUCGUAUUCGUUAUUGAGACUUUGCAAGUCGAGAGCGUAGAUGAACAAGCAACAGAAGAGAGUAUUAGUCGAGAGUAAUGAGACUUGAGAGUUGAUGAUGCAUCUGUUCUGAUCGCCGAAGAUUUACAUAGGCAAUAGGCAUAUUUUACAGCGUUAUUGUUGUUAUUGAUCGCGUUUGGGGCUUCUUGAGAUCAUUGUUUGAGUAGCAUGACAACGUUUAAAUGGUUCAUGGUAUCUGGCAGCACGCGUUCCAGCUAAUAAGAGGACGUUGUUGUUACGUUGUCACUUCUACACCAGAUCAAAGGAAACGGGUGUAUGAAUACUGUUAAACACAAGCCGGGAUUGCAACUUCAGUACCUGUUGCAAGGAGGCUCAUACAGAAACACCAAACUACACGAAAUAACCAUGAUUGGAGCGAUGCCUGCUGUGGCCGUCCGCCAUGAGCGGCGGAGACAGGAGAAAAAAGUCGUGACCGUGAAUAAUCUGAACACCGGUGACCGAGAAGGUACAUCGAGCACCACUGGAAACCGCAGACCGAGCCUUUUAACAUUGCAGUCACCGCAUUCCCAGAGUGGCACACCGAUCACAUCUCCACCGUACAUCCAAAACUCACUGCCAGAUAUCUAUGUCUGUUCAAAAGUGUCCGUACUCCAUAUAGCCGUGGUGACCAUACUGAUCGGGGCCAUAUUGUUAAUCGUCGGGCUUGUUCAGCUGAAGCCGGGUGCGGACGCGUCCCAGUACAAGCACGUGUUGAUCUUUUCCGGGUUGAUCACCACGCUGGUCGGUAUCCUCACGGCCAUCGUCCGGUGCUGUCUCUUGCCGUGGGUCAUCAAACGCCGACAGAGGAGGUCCACCCCGUCAACGCCGGGCAUGCUGUUGACCUUAUCGUAAUGGAGAGGAAGCCGCGUCGCCACUGCAGGACGAUCGAGAAUUCUGCUUAUCUGCUUCACACUCACACACAUACACACACACACACAAAUUACACACAUACACGUUUGUUUUUAGGAUGACACGAGUCAUAAAUUGUUUAUAGACGAAAAUAUGUUAUUUAAUUUUUACUCUUUGGCGCCUGCACGAUGUUAUCCGAAAAGAAUCGAUAUGGCGGAGAGAUUUCUGCCUCGUUCGAUAAAAUGAUCGAUUUUUCACGCGAAAAAAACGCAUUCCGAGUAUACGGUACAUACUAUAUAGAUACAUAAAUUUAAUAGACGGUAUAAAAUAAAAGAUCACCUAAAAUAUUGAUAGGCUUAAAUGUUAUACGGUGGAUGUACAAUCGGUUAAACUGCGGUCAGUUAUAGCCUUCGGUACACCGAUCGGAUCUUCGCCGAAAAUUAUUUACUGCCUCUAUAUACUUUAAUACAUAUAAUAGUAAAUAGAAUAUAUGUAUACAAUAUACAGCACACACACACACACAUACACACAAAUAUACAAAAAAAUACACUGGUCUGUGAUUUUAACUCUGACCGACAUCGUUCGAUGACAGGUCUGAGUAGUGAGUUUAUUAAUAUGUUAUACCUAGUAAGGAACUUCAAGUAGAAAUCGUUUUGUUCUCGUGUUCUAAAAUUGAAAUGUGAAAACACUGAAAACUUUUUUAUUAAUUUUUGUUCGAGGAUUUAUGAUUUUCUCCUUCAUAUUUUAAUGUCCAAAGUAAAUAAUUCCAAACAGUGUUUGUAAAUCAAGUAAAUCAACCCUAAACCUAAAUUGCUAUAUAGGAACUUUUUAUGUUUUACACAUAUUACACAGUUUAUACCUAUUAUACAAACGCAAUGUAUAUUUUUAAGGUAUUUAUGGGACCAACAAUAUGAAACAUGAAACCAACAUUUAUGAAUAAUUUUAGUCCGAUUCAUAUUCUACAUAUCUCUAAAUAUUUUAAUCAUAAAUAAGUAAUGUAUUCAUUAUACAUAUAUUUGAUUUUUUGAAUAAUCAAAAUCUAGGUCUUCAUUUUAUUUUCGUUAUGUAAUUAUAAUACCAAUACCUAUAGUGUUUAAAUGUUAAAACAUUACAAAUUUCUUCAAUUUGCUGGUCCAUGUUAAUGUUGAGACAACAAUAAUUGUGACUUUGUUAGUUUUUGGAUUCAUACCGUAACUUUUGAAGUCUUCCAUUAUUAUUUUUUAUCCUAUGUAUUAUGCAUAUAUUAUUUUAAUUGACUGACCUUUAACACAACUGACCAAAGUAUAAUUUAACCGUUCAAUCAAUAAACUGUAAUGUCCUAAAUCAAAAUAUAGCCAUUUUAUGAUUCGCUCAAAUUUAAUUUAAUUAUAUAAUCUAUGUUAUUGGCCAACUUAAUUUGUUUAAGAAACUUAUGAAAAAAUUAUUAUUAAAGUUCACAACAUGUUCAGUGAUUUUGUUAGUACAAUUUUGACACAAAUAACGAUCUAUUCUCACAAUCUGACUUUAUAAACAAUGUUAAAAUGAUCUUGAAUCCUAUAUCAAAAGUAUUUGAUAUGAAUAGAAAAAAUAUAUUGAAAAUAUUUAAAUGUUAGGUACUUAAUUUUAUAAAAAUUAAUAAGUAUUUUAUAACAGUUUAAGUCAUUGUUUUUUUUUUUGUAUUUUUUAUAAUCUUAUGCUAUCAUUAGCAAUCUCUAAUUUUUUAAGUAAUAUAGAGUGAUUAUUAAAAGGGUGUAAGUAUACAUUUGCUAAUUUAUUCAAAAAUUGCUUAGUUUAAAUGUUUUACCCCAUUUGUGAUACAACCCAAAUCGUAAAGCAAGCAACUAUAAAUUCCACAAGUUUUAUAAAUUGAGAAAUGAGAAAUGGUAUAUUAUAGAUCCUCUAUUAAUAAUAUUUAUAGUAGAACUUAAAACACUUAUACUAUAAAUUAUAAUUUAUUAAUUCUCAUGAUGUUCUGUUUCAAAGUGUUAAUGAUACAAGAAAUGAAGUAGGUAGGGAUAAUUAUAAUUUAAACACAUAAGUUAAUGACAGGUUUCAAAAAUAAAUGUCUAUAAAAUAUUUCUUUUCUUGUUAUACUAGAUGGCUAAUGACCAUGAUGCACAAAUAAUAAUUAGUAUCACCAAAUAUAAUUUUUAAAUGAAUCCCGAUUAAUUAUUAUAUUCCAAAUUUACAAAAUUAAAAAUAAAUCAUAUAUAUAAAAAAAAAUUACUAAGGUAUAAAGGUUUUCUAGUUUAUUUAACUGGGCACUUCAUGAAUGAGAUGAAACAUUAAUACAAAAAAAAUAUAUGUAAACAAAUAAAUAAUGAAUUUAAACGUUGUAAUUAUUUAAUUUGUCAUAGUUUACAGAACCAUCAUAAUUACAAUACAUAGAAUGUUCAUAAGGCUUAUCUGAAUUUGUUUAAGACUUAAGUGUUUUUUGUGCCAAAAAAAAAAAAAAAAAAUAAUAAUAAAUAAAUAACUAUUUUUAUUGUUACAUUUUCUACAAAAUCUUUAGAAUGUCACAAAAAUAAUAAUUAUUUUGUUUAAAGGUUUUAAUUUGAUGUAUGGAAAUGAAUUGAUUAUUCUUGACCCUCUUUGAUAAUCACUCGUUGUUUAAAAUAUUUAUUUUAUUUUAUACUAAGUAUAAUACUAUAAUAUAAUAAUAAAAAAUUAUGACAUCAAUGUUCUCUUGUGUCUAAUAUUAAAAAAAAUAUUUUUUUCGUAUUUUUUACACAUGGAUAUAAUAAGUUAUUACUAAAUGAUCAAUCACUUAUGUUUAUUCAAAUUUUUUAAGAUCACAUAUGUUGAAUAUUUUUAUUCUGUUGAUCUGUUAAUUCUUAUGAUAUUUUAUUUUUAACGUUAUUACAGAUUAAGGAAAAUAAUUAUAAGUUACCUUCCAGGAAUUUUUACCAAGAAAAAUUGUGAUAAUGUUAGUAAUUUUUAGAAGUAAAACAUAUUUGAAUACAAAAUUGAAAAUGUUGUUUGAUAUAAAUAUAUUAAGUAGUAUUUAAUGCAAUCGCACUUAAAAUCCGCCCAAUCUAAUCUCUUAAUUAUUUGAUUUUGUAUAUUUUGUUCUAUUCAAAUUGUUAACUAAUGUGCCAUGAUUAAGGUGAAUAUAUAUAUAUAGAUAUAUAUGUAUUAUGUGUAUAAUAAUAAUUAUUAAAAGAUAAUAAAAAAAAAUAAGUACCCAGUCCCAACCAUAGUCCAUAAUUCAUUGUAUUUUAUUAUACAGUUCUUUUCAAGCUAUCACCAGCAAAAUACAAAAACUAGUUAUAUCAAUCAAUGCUUUGCAAUGCUUAACAGAAAAAAAAAAAUCAUCCAAAUUAAUUAUUUAUAGGUAUCUUAUUUUCAUAUUAAGCUAUUUUUGUAAUAAAAAAAAAAUAUUCUUUUUGUUAUUUACCUAUGAUUCUGCAUUGAUAACAAUAAACAUUCAGUUUACAUAUUAUUAUUAGCAUUGUAACAUUUUUAUUAAGUACCUAAUUAUACAUUAUUGGUAUUUUUGUUAUUAUAAUUAUUGUUAUUAUUAUAUUUGUGUAUUUUCUAUUGUUCUAUACAACCUGCCAUGCACAUUUGAAUAAUUUAUAUUAUUUUAUUAUGUUUAAAUUAUUUUUAAGACAUCCGUAAGGAUUUUGUUUUUUUGUUUUUAUGCAACAUAAUUUUGUUUAAAGUAACAUUUGAGACUUCAGUGAUAACAUAUAUAUGUAUUGUAUAUAAAUAUAUAUAAUAUAUAUAUUCAAAAUAUUAGCUGUGUACCUAUAGGCUAUAUUAUUGAUACAAUUCAUAAUCAAUUUUUCUUAUAUAUUAACAAACUGUUUACUUUAAUGUGUUUAAUAAAUAUAAAUAAAAAAUA